CACAUGACCCAGUGACGGCUGAGCAAAGGGAAGAAAAAAAGAGUCUUGUGAUCAACUCUGCAGUGGCUCGAGGGUGAACGACGAAAUUUUUCGGGCAGGCGUAUUUUGCUCUUUUGCACCACAUUCUCCCGUACCCAGUAUUGACACGCCGCGAAAAUGCCGAUCUGUGGACCGAAACUUUCCCUGUGCGGGUUGAUUAUCUCCGUCUGGGGCAUUAUCCAGCUGCUGCUGAUGGGAGUGUUCUACUACAUCAACAGUGUCGCGCUGAUCGAAGAUCUGCCGCUGGAGGAGCACUAUCCAACGCCGCAGGAGUUUUAUGCGGCCGCUGACGUCGCGUACAGUCAGAACGCAUACAACUGCUGGAUUGCUGCCUGCAUCUACGUGCUAACGCUGGUCAUCUCCGUCCAGCAGUUCCACGCGAACAGCCGCUCGACGGUCGCCUAAGUCCACCGAAACCACCAGCCCCGCAAUAUCAUCUUCCCCCCAAAACAUAUACACACACACAUGGCAAAGUGAAACCAGGCGCACCUUUGGGUGGCCACAAUUCAGUGUGAAGGCCGCUGUUACUUCUACACAACUACCCCCUCAAAAAAGCUUUGCUUUUACCCUACGAUGUAAAUAUGUGUUUGCUUCCGUUCGCAAAGAGAACCCCAAAAGCACCA